AUGACUGUGCCUCCAUCCUAUGCUGAAAGAAACCCAAAGAUGGGACAUCCCAGCGUAAUAACAGAUCGAGGAUUCAAGUCACAGAGGAAAAUUCGGAGCCUAUACCCAGCUGCUGGCUGGAUUCUCGUUCCCCUGGGAGCUCUCAGUGUAUUCUCUGGAGUGAUCGCUUUCUUCCCAGUCUUUUCUUACAAGCUUUGGUUCACGGGAUGGAGUGUGUGGAUUGCCUAUCUCAUCUGGAAUGGAGCUUUGGCUGUCACUACCGGUAAACUCCUACUGUUGGCUCACAAACAGCGGACCCAGAGAUACCUGUGGGAGGCUAGUUUCACCUUUGUGAUUCUGAGCAUUAUGGGAUGUCCACUUCAUUUUGCAGUAGCCUUGGAACCUGCUCUCCUUGGUCCCUAUUGCUUCUACUCAUUUUCAGGGAUUGCAGGGACCAAUUACCUUGGCUAUGCAGUUGCCUUUCCUUUUCUGUAUGCAAAAUUCCCAUCAGUUUGUGUGGACCCACCACACUAUGAAGACUACCACCUGAUGCUCCAAGCUUUCAACCUGUGCCUGAGCUUUUUCAUGCUCUGUGUGUCCCUGACAGCACUCGUCAACCUUUCUGCAAGACUUAUCAAGAAUGGACACAUAAAUGUAAGCUUCCAGAAAGGAGGAGUCAGUUCUUGUUCUGUCCUGAAUGCUAAAAGUCUGGUGUAUUAG